CUCUUGCUCUCAUCCUCCGGCCCCUGCGCUGCCACUCCCGAUGCCCCCGUGGCUCCCUCUGUUGUACUAGUAUAUCAUGUCUAUCACGAAUCCGACCCAGCUCGUGGAAGAGUUCAAGAAGUCGGGCGAGUUCGAUCGUCUCCGCAGAGAUCUCCUGAAGGACUUCAGGCAGGGUGAAGGAGUGCCAGCCUUCCUGGCCCGUGUGGAGGACAUCGCGAAGCAGAAACUGGCCUCCGACCCAAAGCUGCAGUACAUGCCAGAAGCGACGGUGACCAGAGAGAUCAUGCAAGAGCUCGAGAGGUAUCCUAUCGUGGAACGGGCUGUGGCUGAUGCCCCUUCCCUGGCUAGUCCUGCCUUCGUCUCCGACGUGAGAGGCUCUGUGCAGAAGAUCCUGCAGGAAGAUCGCAAGUCUAACGGACAAGGAGCUGUCAACGGUGCAUCGCAGGCCACCGCUGCUCGCAAGGCGAAUGGGACGGGCGGCAACGAGUCCGAUGGCGAAAGCAGCGCGGAAAGUAUGGACCUGGAAGACGACGACGAUAGCGAUUGAACGUAUGAGUUACCUCGGCUCUUCAAGUCAUAGUGCAACACCACCAUAUCGCAUGAAGUGGAUGGAUCCUGACGACAUUAUCGCAUCCGAGUAUGUCAGCGGUCAGAGUGGUUCACGCACCUCCACUCAUAGGGUCCAUUGAUUGGGUUGUAGCCAAUAAACUACGUCCCUGUCAAUCGAUACCUGUUUUCAUCCCUCCCGCAUGUCCCCAGGCUGAAAAGACUCUCAAGAAGUAUGGGUACACAACACAGAAACAUGCUCGCG